AUGAAGGACGAGGCACAUCUGGUCAGGUCCUGCAAGUACAGUGGAGAACCGGAAUAUUGGGUCGAAGUUCUUGAAACUGGAGAGAAGGGGCAAGAGAGGGAGAGCAAGAAACAGCGAAAGGAGAUUUCCCAGGACGCUGACAAGACACCCUUGGGACCGGUGUCCACGGCUGCAAUUGACAAGAUGAACGCGCGCACCAAAGCUUCCCAAAGUGUUGGGGCUGUGAGCACUUCUGAGGCGAUCCGUGGCAAGUCUGUGUUGUCGAAGUUCUGCGAAAGCAUUCUUACAAAGACUGCAAAGAUCCGAUCUUUGGUUGUGGAUUUGAAGAAGAACUAUGACGACCAAGCAGCUACCAAGUCUAUCGAUGCUUUGCAGCGGGAUUUGGGGGCUUUGGAGGAGAAGUACAAUGUUUGUUCCGAGCUGUUGGCACAGGGUGAGGCCCAGGACUUCAACACCGAGUGGCUUGCUUAA